AUUGUGAAGAGUAGCAUCUUCGUCAGUGACAGAGCCUUGUAUGAACAAGUAGGUUUUGCUGUUGUGUGUGUGAUCUCUAAAUGCGUGUUUGCGCUUGUGUGCCCAGCAUGCAUGACACAGGAAAGUCUUUUGAAUCAUCUAACCCCCCGGGUGCUUUUCAUUGCACAACACUUAGCUUAGAGUUAAAAGUGCCUACGGACACAGAAAAAUGCAUUCUGGUACAUCACAUUGGGACAUCCGUUUUUAAAGAAUGGAUAUAAAAAUAACAGUUCAUAUUCUGUUUUAGCACAGAUACACAGAUACAGAAAAAUUCUAUACGACACUCAUACAUGGUCAUGAAUACAAAGCUUUAGAAAGAAAACGGAAAAGCAGGACUUUUAAGGAAGGGCAUGCCUCUCGGCAUCCCUCCCCUCACUGACAGCAUGUUAUAGCCUGCGAGGCAGGAAAGGGUUCAGUUCGGUUUUUAUGGUCUGAGCUCACAAGAACACCUUCAGACUUCGGGAACACAUCACAGAGAGAUAACAAACCAUAAAAAGGGUCAAAAAUUCUUCUACAAUGAGUAACACGAGUCUCCCACCUCUGACAAAUCCAAUUCCCACUGAACCUGCAGAAGAGAGCGCUGUGAGCAAUAACUAUUUUACAGCCAUUGGUGCCCUCAUCCUCAGCUUGGUCUUCCUCCUGGGUGUCCCUGGAAAUCUCUUCAUUGUCUGGAGCAUCCUGGCCCGCUGCCGACAACGCUCAGUCACCACCCUCCUCAUCCUCAACUUGGCAUGUGCUGAUGGGUUCCUCAUGGCUCUCACCAUCUUUUUCAUCAUCUACCUGGUCAUGCAGUCGUGGGUCUUUGGUAACACCAUGUGCAAAAUCCUGUUCUACCUGUGCAACUCCAACAUGUAUGCGUCAAUCUUUCUGAUAACCCUGAUGAGCGUGCACAGGCUGUUGGCCGUGGUCUUUCCACACACACUGUAUCGCCUGAUCACCAGGAAGGUUGUGAGGAGGGUGAUCCUAGGCACCUGGAUGUUCGUGAUGGUCAUUUCCAUUCCCUCGUUGGUGUUUCGAGCUGCUACUGCUCAAAACAAAACGAAAGUUGUGUGUGCACCCAAUCACACACUGUCUGAACAUGUGAGGCUUCAGUACACCACUGAGACAGUGGCAGGAUUCAUUAUUCCUUAUGCAAUCAUCAUAACCAGCUACGUUCUCAUCCUGAAACGCCUGAGGGAAACCAGGUUUCAACGAAAUGUCCGCAGCGAGAAACUUAUCCUGGCUAUCGUCAUAAUGUUUGGCCUGUUCUGGUUGCCGUACCAUGUCAUCAACAUGAUACAGGUGGCAGCUGCGUGGUACCCAAAAGACUCAGCAACAAGAAAACGAUUGUAUGGUAUGGCUGAGUCAACCCGAGCGGUGACCUCAACUUUGGCCUUCAUCAGCAGCUGUGCUAACCCGGUCCUCUACACCUUUGCUGGGAAAUCCUAUAUCAAGAAUAAUGGCUUUGCCUUUAUGGCUAAGCUGUUUGAGGGAACAUCAUUGGAGCAAACAGGAACCAAAAGCACCCAGUUCACAGCAAAAGACGAUCUGGGAAAGAAUAACAUUGAUUCUGAAAAUCAUACACUGGCUUCUCCUCUACAAAAUCGAUGUUGAAUUAACUUAAUGCACUUAACAGACUGUAUAUAAAUGAGAACACUUAAAAUUGUGUAAAUCUUUGAACGGAACAUGUAGACAUGUAGCUUGAGCAUUUGAGGCUACAGACGAUAAGCACCAGCACAGUAUAUUUAGAAUCUGAUAACAGAGUUUAAGUGAAAGUCAGAGGCACAGGCACAGCUGGGCUACUUUUGCCUGCAUGCACCUGAAUAUCUGUAAGGUGUAUAGGACUGUACAUAUUUUUUGGAAUAAUCAAAUAAAAUUGUGAUAAUAUUAUGUGUAUGUGAGAAUGCUACUUAACAUAGAAAUCAGACUAAGGUGAGUGAUUUCAUGCUCAGUCUGUUAAUUUAUAGUCAGGUGAAUGAAUGAAGAUGGGAUGCUUGGAAGUUUGCAAAGUUUGACCUUCCACAGAAACACAGAUUGGAUAAAUGCUUUAUAUGACACUGUGUGGGAUGUGUUCACAGCUAGUGUGACGUUUGUAAUUCCUCAUUAGUGUUUGUGAGCAUAUUUCCCUUAUUAAAAGACACUGUAUUGAAGCUGUUUUUGUUGUUUUGUGAUUUAAAACAAAAUCAUAUUGCAACUCUGCCAGCAUAACUCUUUUGACUUAAAAUUGUAAGAAAUAAAUGUGUAAAAUUGCAGAAAAGGUUCAACAAUUUUCUUUUCUUGUUGAAUACAAAAUUUAUGCCCUCCUGCACAUUUUCCACAGCCAUGUAGUGGCGCUGGAUUAGAGUGUUCCCCAGGCUUUAUGCUUGAAAACCCCUGAUUUAAUUGUUCUUAAGGCAACUUUUUUGCAGUGGAGAUUUUCUUCUGUAGAGUAAAGAUAAGUAAAUUUUAGGCACAAGUCUGGCAGAAGCAAAGACUCUUUGGAAGUACAGAUAUCUGUGUUAAAACAUACUCCAGUAAAAGUUGAAGUGCUGAAGAAAUUUCUUUACUCAAGUAUAAGUGAAAAAGUACAGGCUCUAAAAUGUACUCAAAGUAAAAAAGUAAAACGAAGCUCCUUGAAAGACAAUUCU